AUGUCUUUCUCUCUUCGCGCCCUCCUCUCCCACCUCCCCUGCUUCGGCAGCGGCAGCAGCAACAACAACAGCAGCAGCAACAACAACAACAACAAGGACCCGGCCAGCCCCCUCACCAUCAGCGGCCCAAAGUGCUUCACGCACGAAGGCACGGGGAAUCCUGAGUUCCCCAUGCGCCCCUUCGUGAGCACCCCUCCCCCGUACGUCCAGCCCGCGCGCCCCUAG